AUGUCGGCUGAAGGCGUCAUCAGUGAGACGAUCGUUGUCCCUAUUGCGAGCGGAGGGAUAGCGGAAAGGAUAACCGAGAGCUACAAACCAGCAGCACCCGAAACCCCCGGUUCCACGCAGAAGCGCAUCAAAUAUCGCGUUGAGUAUGUGGAGAUUACUACAGGGAACGUUCUGCACCGGCAUGAAACCAAGGGCCUAAAUCUCGACGAUGAAGCGGCGUUGGGCGGCGCCGAAACGGUCUUCGAGCUCGUCACUACGAUUCGCACAGGGCAGAAGACUUCGGGAGAUGAGACUUUGACUAGGGUUCCUCAUGCGGGUAGUGCUGCAUCGGUUAGCAUGCACAUCUUGUCUGGUGCAAUCAUUCAUGCACUGCGCAGUGUGGUUCAGUAUUACCCUGGCCAAGAUCUCUCGAGCGAUGUCGUGAAGGUGGCUUCGCCUUACGCAAUUUUAGUACAUCAUUAUGAUGAACUUAUGGAGUAUCGCGAGAGAGUGAAAUCAGGAGUAGCAGAAGAGAAAUGCUAUCGAGAAAAAGAUGCAUACGAACACUUGGGAAUAUUGAAGGAUUUCCUCGACGGACAUGUUAUGCCUGCAGUAGAGGCAGAACGCGCACGUAACAAACGGGGUGCAUACACCUCUGACAUGUAUUGGGUCAUGAUGAAGCCGGGUACAACCUUCGUGGCUCAGUGGCUGGAGGACGAUGAACAUUAUGCUGGAGUCGUCCACUCCUUGACAGGAGGCAGCUUCGAAAAACCUUCCGUAGGGUGGAACACGUACUACUGGACGCUACAGUACAACGGAACGUUCGUUGAGCGCGUUUUGCAGAGCUCACAUAUGGAGAAGUUUGACGGUGAAAACAACAUGGUCACAACACCACUGGAUCUUGAUAAUCUGUCAAGUAACGAGGGAGUAGAGGAUCUCAUAGGCUAUGGAAAGCUAUACUGGAGUCAUUUGAGGAAACAGUGCAGGUACUACAAAGGGAAAACAAAAGAAUAUCCGCAUACUGAGGUUGAUGGUCUGGUCAUGGUCGACAUGGAUGCAUACCUCGAGGCUUUUCCAGCAAAGAGGCCCGUGGUCUUGGGCAACAGUUCGGAUAAGCAUAAGAAGACAACCGUCUUCGAAAAUUACGAGUCGCUUCCGCCGAAGACUAGGGAUGAGCUUGACUCAGAACUUCUUCACGUGAAAGGUCUCGGCGAACCAAAUUUCGAAGAGAACAUGAUCAAUCAGCUAGUGAUGGAUGAGAAGCGCGUGAACACACUUAAAGCCCUCGCAAAGAGCUUCAUACGCGUGAACAAGUUUGGAGAGACAUCAGACAAAGAACCUUGGUCCGCUGAUUUUGUGAAAGGGAAAGGUAACGGACUAAUUUUUCUCCUGCAUGGGUCACCGGGAACCGGGAAAACUUGUACAGCUGAGUGCAUUGCAGCUUUUACAAGUCGCCCACUCAUGGUACUGACAAGCAGCGAUAUUGGCACUGAACCAACAGAUGUUGAGCGUAACUUGACCGAGCAUUUCAAGCGAGCCAGAAGUUGGGGCGCUGUGCUCCUAAUAGAUGAGGCUGACGUGUUCAUGGAAAGGCGUACGACUGCUGACCUCACUCGUAACAGCUUGGUCGCGGGCUUUCUCCGUGCUCUCGAAUUUUACGACGGAAUACUCUUUCUGACAACAAACCGAAUCGGGUCGUUUGACGACGCCUUCAUCUCUCGCAUCCACUUCCUGCUGGGUUACCCUGAAUUUACGGACGAAAGCCGUCGUAAGGUGUGGCAGACCUUCAUUAGCAAACUCCAACGAGAAAGAGGGGACUACAUCCGAUUGAACAUAGAUGCAAAGGAGUAUCUUGAUGGCAAGGAAUUGAGAUCGGUGAAAUGGAAUGGGAGGGAGAUACGAAACGCUUUCCAGACUGCCGUCGCUCUUGCAGAGUAUGAGGCGACCAAAGACUCGGAAGGUAAGAUCAUCAUGAAUGAUUCACACCUGAGGUCGGUAGUCGAGAUGUCCCGUGAUUUCAAAGAAUAUUUGAAAGAUUUGCAUCGAGGAGAUGAGGGCAAGCGGGCAGAAAGGAGAUUCGAACGACUGGACAAAUAG